UGACCAGUGGCCUGUUUAAUAUACAUGUCUUAAAUUUUGUAUUUUUUAAAAAUUGUGCAUGAUUAAACUAAACCUGUAUGUAUUUCAAGCAUACUUUUGGACUUUAAAGUGCAGAUGUUAAGUUUAUAUGAAGAGAAAUGCAGUUAUACAGGACAUUUGAGUAGUAAAUAAAUUUUAUCAGUUAUUCUGGAUAUUUUGAAGGAUUUAAACGCCACGUGUGUUAAACUUUUAGUUUUAAGUCACUCCAUGAAAAUUUUAUACCGGAAGAAAGACGGCGCAUAAAACAUUGUUCCUUAACUUCCUAAGCUUAGAUAAUACAGUCAUAAUGCUAAGAUUAUUUACUGGUAAAAUCACUGUUCUUCUCAUAGUUUGUUUUACUUGUGCAAUGAGUUCGCAAUAUGGUGAACAGUCAGGGCCAUCACACGCGCUAUUCAAGCGCGUCGACUUUAAUAAAAGUAACGAGCAAGAGAUUGACUGGAACUCAGCGCUAUUGCGCGUGGAGACAAGUAAAGAAGAGAACAACAUAAGGGUAAUUACAGAUACGAUUACAGACACGCAGCUCAUUGUUUCAAUUAUGUGUUUUCAUGGAGAUGAUUUGUCUAUCCUUGUAUUUUCAUCUGAAAACCCCGAAGUUUUGCAAAUCAUAGGAACUAGAAAUAUGACGUUUAAAUGUGAACAGUCAAGCGGAAAUGAGACCAAUUUGAUGAAGACUAGACGAAUAAAUGUGCAAAAGCAUUUCAACAUAACGCUACAAAGUGGAAUAAUUGGAGUUAGUAGCCUCGUUUUCGAAUUAGCGGAUUUUGAGGCGAAUAGUACACAACCAAUAAAUGUAACUUCAAAAAUAGAUGUACUCGUCAUUCGGAAUAUUUCUGUCAUCGACUUAGUGUUUCUGAUAACUGUAUACAUUCUUGAAAUCCUGGAAAUGAUGACCUUUGGUACCCAGCUUGACUUUAAUGUCGUCAGAGAUACUCUGAAAACACCGAUACCAGCACUGAUUGGCCUUCUGUGUCAAUACCUCUGUAUGCCUUUGAUUUCAUUUGCAAUAGCCAAGGUUGUGGCGUCGGAUUCUCUGACGGCAGUAGGUAUAUUUGUGGCCGGCGUAUGUCCGGGAGGCGGUUCCAGUAACAUCUAUACGUACCUACUGGACGGUGACCUUUCAUUGUCCAUCACCAUGACGACCAUAAGUACUGUUCUUUCUCUGGGGAUGCUUCCGUUCUGGUUAUACACAUUAGGCGGUGAACUUCUUGAGAAGAACGACUUGAACAUUCCUUACACCGACAUUGUAGUUACACUUUCUGUUAUACUUGUACCUUUAUCAGUGGGGUUAUUUAUUCGAAAUAGGUUCCCAAAUGUUACAGAUCGCAUUGAGAAAAUAAUGGCGGUUGUACUUACAGUGCUAGCUCUUAUUUUGAUCACAACUGGAGUUAUUUCAAGUCUGUACUUAUUUGAUAUGUUUAAUUUUAAAGUAGUUAUUGUCGGGUGUGUCUUGCCAUACGUCGGAUUUUGCAUUGGGGCCAUCGUAUCAUUAAUUCUUAAGCAACCAAGAAAAAAGAUUAUAUCUAUUGCCAUAGAAACUGGGAUGCAAAAUACAGCGAUUGCCAUGAUUUUGUUGCUGAAUUCAUUUCCGGAACCGCUUGGCGAUAUUGCCACCGUGGCGCCAGUGUCAGCGGAAGUGAUGGCGCCCAUACCGCCAUUUUUAAUAUCUAUUGUGUAUUUGAUAUGGAAGGCAUGCUGCAAGAAAUAUGAACAAGUUGAACAGACUGAUAAAGACAAGGAUAUCGAAAAGAAGCAUAGCGAAAAAGAGAUUAACGGAAGUGAAGUCAAGGCAAAAUAA